AUGUCGCGUCCUGAACGUAUUGCUCCGCCUGAAAUUUUUUACAACGAGGAUGAAGCAAAAAAAUACACAAACAACACACGCAUAAUCGACAUUCAAGUGCAAAUGUGCGAGCGGGCGAUCGAACUGUUGGCACUGGAUCCAAACGAUGAUGCUCCACAACUAAUUCUCGAUAUUGGGUGCGGUUCGGGAUUAUCUGGCAGUGUGUUAGAAGACCAAGGACAUGUUUGGAUCGGUGUCGACAUUUCCCAGCACAUGCUGGAUGUUGCAUUGGAGCGUGAAGUCGAGGGUGAUCUCUUACUCAACGAUAUGGGUCAAGGAAUGCCAUUCAAAGCCGGUACUUUCGAUGGAGCCGUUUCGAUUUCCGCACUUCAGUGGCUAUGCAAUGCAGAUAAAAAAUCGCACGUUCCUCCUAAACGACUGUUAAAAUUUUUCAGUACCUUGUUUUCAUGCCUGACCCGUAAUGCUAGGGCCGUUUUUCAAUUUUAUCCUGAAAACUCCGAGCAAAUCGAACUAAUUACUUCCCAAGCGAUGAAGGCCGGUUUUUACGGCGGUAUUGUUGUUGAUUAUCCCAACUCGUCUAAAGCAAAAAAGUACUUCCUCGUACUAAUGACUGGGGGUGUUGCAAAGCUCCCUACUGCCUUAGGAACCGAGGAAAGUGAAAGCCAAAUUGCGAUCAGUCGAAGGCAAGCAGAGUAUGCAAAGAACGUUCGAGGAAAACCGUUGAAAAAAUCUCGCGAAUGGGUUCUGGCGAAGAAAGAACGACGAAGGCAGCAGGGUAACGAAGCACGCAAAGAUUCGCGUUAUACCGCCAGAAAACGUAGCGGUCGGUUCUGA